AUGGAUAAAGUUCUUUGUACAUGUGUUUGGUGUCUUCAAGGAUCAAAUAAUCAUGGCAAAUUACAACAUCUAGUCACAUCUGUUUCUUCAACAGUUAGAUCAAUAUCAUUACCCAUCACCCUAGUAAUAUCAUUAUUAUGUAACAGUCAAGAGCCAGAUGACUUAGAAUACUAUAAAACUAUUAUAGAAAAAGAGACUUUUAGUAACAAUAGUAAAUAUAAUGAAGAAGAUUGCAAAGAUUAUAAUGAAGAUUGUGAAAAUUAUAAUGAAGAGCAUAAUGAAGAGUAUAAUGAAGAGUAUAAUGAGAAGUAUAAUGAGGAGUAUAAUGAGGAAUAUAAUGAGAAGUAUAAUGAGAAGUAUAAUAAGGAAGAUAAUGAGGAAGGUAGUGAUGAAGAUAGUGAGGAUAGUAAUAAGAAAGGUAGUAAGGAUAGUAGUGAGGAUAGUAAUUAA